AUGAUUUUAGCCCUUUGCCACGGAGACCAUGGCCAAAGUCUUUACGAACAGGAAAGAAUCUUUCUAGACCUACGUACUGGAAUCGUAGAACAAGGACAGGGUGAGUUCAUCAAGCUCUUGGUCUAUCCAAAAGCCUCGCCAAAUUUCGGCUGUGACGGACAGGCCGUCCUUAAAAUCUCAUUCGCCGGGCCCUACAGGAUGGCUCGCUUCUUUUUGGACUACUACGAACCACCCCGGAACUGGACGUUGGACAUCUCCGACUCACCCGGUGGUGACGGAAUGGGAGGCGAUGGCGACCUAACGUCUAACAUGGCUGAACUACAGAUACGCGACAAACAAAUGCGUGUCUACAGCAACGGACUCUCCGGGUAUACCUCCGAGACCUUGAAUGGCGGUCUCCUACUCAAGAUAGUUGACGAUAUCGUCCAAGCUGGCACGAAACUCAAGUUGGAGAUAGCCGACGAGAAGGUCAGGUGGAAUAACCGUGAGAGCAGCAAGGGGGUCAUGGAAAGUCGCUAUUUAUUCACACUGAAUGGUCAGAUACCCGAGUACGGGGAAAUGGACCACGAUAUUUACGUCGGCUUGAAUCGGGUUCCUUCGAGCACCACUCGGACGGGAUCGGGUCUUUGUCGGGCGACGAUUAUUAUGAUGUCAGAAAGAGAUCCUGAACCUACAUCCGCGUCGGGUAAGUCCAAACACUUCUUUUUAGCUUGGGAACGAUAUUGUGUAUAUGUACUCCGCAAAAGUGACAGAAGUUUCCUUUCCGAAAGCCUUGUCGUGUCUUGCUGUAAGCCAUUCAGCGGCAUAACCAACAUAGACACAUACCUACGAGGUGAAAUACGAAUCGCUUGUCAAAACUGUUUAAAGAUGUAACAUAUUGGUAUUAUUCUAAUGCCGGAGCAAAACGAUGUAGUGAUGUUGCUCCGGUUGCACUCCGGAAUCCAAGAGGACUUUCUAUCACACUCUGUAACAGAACUAGUCCCCCCCGUCGGAGACUUUGCGCGCCAACAGCAUGAAGACGAGGUCGCGAUUAUAUGGGCUGCAAGCAAGCUAAGAAACACCAGCUGUCCUGCGCUCCGUCCAGGGCAGCUCGUACGAAUUAACUUUCAACAUAUGUGAGAAAUUCUACAUGUACAACAAGGAACCUUGAUUUAAGCUACGCCUACCAUUGUUCUCUUAAUUCAAUUCUUUCAAUAUAUAUAUAUGUUUUAGAGUGCCUUAGUGUGAUUGAACAUGCCAUGCAGAUGGAUAAGAAUACAGUAAAUCGAUGUAUGAUCAUGGGAAUUCGCACCGGUCUACGUUCGGUGUUAACACAAAUUUGUAGUUGUACAGAAAAUAUAAGCACAAUCCUUUCGCCCUUUUCAUAAAGACUUACCAUUGUUACGACCAUGGAAAACUUGAUUUUAAUCGCCUGCUAGGCUAUUUUAACAUAAUAUGGCAAAUAUAACCAGAUCGUAACGGCUGUAGAUCUACAAUAUGACAAUAAUUGUUUGUUUUGCGUAAUACCUUCGAAGGCCCCUAAAUAACAGAUCGGUGUUUAUCAAUUCGUUUACUUUCACAUUAAUGGAAUGAUAUGCCGAAGUCUAAGCAAUAUUGAACAUUUCCUUUGGUUUUAUACGUUUAGUUUCUUGAACCUGAAGUUAAACAGAAUGACCAAUUUCGAAGAGAGGGGCCACAUCCGUGGAUUGCAACCAAUUACAAAGCGCCAAUCUUGAUUAUUUUAAUAUUCAAACGGUUCAACUUCCUGAAUAGCAUCCAAUCAGAGCUGUUGUUUUUUGUGCAGUAGAUUGCCAAUAUUUAUGCUACGAGUCCGAAGACAUCGUUUCAUUAAGCGUAUUGUUAUUGGCAUACCCUUCCAACUUUGCUCACAGCCAAUCAGAUCGUUGGAUUUCCCUAGCUUAGAACAGUCACCUGGGAAAACUACUGACGAGACGUUUCAUAAGAAUCACCCUGCGAUAGCGGGGUGCAGUGUCCACAUCGCUUCAAGUCUGAACUCCCGUUCGUUGACACUCUCUUACAAAACUGGGGAAGGAGGUUAUUCCAAUCAACGAGGUUCUCUACAGCGGCGGUGAAUAGCAAUAAAUCGUUAAAAUCGUGGAAGGCGAGACUCUCUUUCCGUUAUCUUGGCAUCGUCAGUAAGUUCCUCCGCUAAAAGCAUCACAUCAUGUUUGCAAAUCCAGCGAGAUGUAGUUUAUCGGUCAAUGUCGUGUUAAUGUUCAAAAUUUCGCUCUUCCUUUCCAGCACCUGCUGUAUUGAAUACCAAUCCUUUAUAAGAUUAAAUAAUCUUAGUCAAAUCU